UUACAACACACAUUACACAUACUCCAAUCAUAAUCACAAGUUAGUCCAAAAACAAUGGAAAUUCAGGUAAUAGAGACCCUGAAAUUCUACCUACUAGACCACCCUUCCAUUAUAUGGUUCCGAUGGAGCCACACCCAAUCAUGGGGCUCCACGUGGCCAUUUCUAUUUGCAGCCGUCGCCAUCUAUGUUGCUACUACAUUUACGCUGCAUUUCCUACUAAAUCUUCUCCGGUGCCGCCGCCCCGUCCGCCUCGGCCCCAUCCCCGCCAUCCACAGCCUCAUGAUGUGUGCCGUCUCGGCCGUGAUCUUCUCCGGGAUGAUCCUCUCGGCGGCAGCCGAAGCUAAGGACACGCGCUGGCUCUGGAGGCGCGUGAGAGCCACCCCUUUAGAGUACUUCCUUUGCUUCCCACUAGGAACGCGCCCCUCCGGGCGCGUGUUCUUCUGGUCCUACCUUUUCUACCUCUCCCGCUUCCUCCACUUCCUUAGAACCUUCUCUGCCGUCCUCCGGCACCGGAGAAUCCCCUUCUUCCGACUGUUCCACCACUCCAUGCUCCUGAUCAUGUCGUUCUUGUGGCUUGAAUUCUCACAAUCUUUUCAAGUCCUUGCAAUAUUGUUCUCCACUUUGGUGUACACCAUGGUUUAUGGUUACAGGUUUUUGGAAGAAUUAGGGUUAGGUUGCAAAGAAGGGUUUUGUUUCAGAAUGAGUGGGCAAAUGGUGGUUUUGGGAUUCAAUUUGGUUUGCCAUGUUGGUGUGAUAUGUUUGCAUUUCUUGAGAGGUGGGUGUAAUGGGAUUGGAGCUUGGGUGUUCAAUUCGGUGCUUAAUGCUGCUCUUCUUUUCUUGUUCUUCAAAUCCCAUGUGAACCACAAAGGAUGCUAAUUAAUACAUUUUUUUUAGA